ACAGCCAAAGCCAACAACUCCACUAGUAGAGGGCGCGCUGCGCUGUGCUGCCGCCUUCCACUGAAGUUCCACCUCCCUCCCCCGAUCAAACCGUGAAGAUUUGGGGGGGCUAAAUGGUCGCCGCCUCCUGCGGCCUUCUUCUUCCCCCUUAAUCCGCCCGCCGCCACGCGCGUUCGAACCGAGCGAUCCAUCCAUCCGUAGGGGAUGGCGAGGACGGCGCGGCUGCUCGCGGCGGAGGACCCGCCGCCGCCGCCGGCGGCGGCCGCGGAGAGGCCCCGGCCGGCGGCGGCGGGGUCGGGGCUCCGGUCGCUCUCCAGCGCCGCGUCCGGGCUGUGGGACCGCCUCUCGGUCCUCGGCGCGGGCGUCUCCAAGCUCGAGAAGGCCCUCGGCGACCACUUCCCCGAGGGCGCGCGCUACUUCGGCCUCGAGAACUUCGGCAACACCUGCUACUGCAACAGCGUCCUGCAGGCACUUUAUCAUUGCAUCCCUUUUCGGGAGCAGUUGCUGGAAUAUUAUGCAACUUACAAAAACACAGAAGACUCCGAGGACAAUUUGUUGACUUGUCUGGCUGAUCUUUUUUCACAGAUAACUCUAGCGAAGAAAAGGACUGGUGUUCUUGCACCAAAACGUUUUGUUCAAAGAGUGAGGAAACAGAAUGAAUUGUUCAGAAGUUAUAUGCACCAGGAUGCCCAUGAGUUCUGGAAUUUCUUAGUGAAUGAUAUUAUUGAUAUUCUUGAAGAAGAUUGUAGAACUGCAAAUAGUUCUCCUGAGACUACUCCUGAAGAGGUCUCAAAUGGGGCAGCCAAUGCUUUAGCAAAUGGAGCCAGAGAAAGGCCAUUAGUUACAUUGGUGCACAGGACUUUUCAGGGUAUUUUGACCAAUGAAACCAAAUGCCUAAUGUGUGAUACUAUCACAGCAAAAGAUGAGACGUUUUUUGAUUUGAGCAUUGACGUGGAACAGAAUAGUUCGCUCACAAGCUGCCUGAAGAGCUUCUUUUCCACUGAGAUUUUAAAUGGCGAGGAUAAGUUCUUUUGUGACAAAUGCAGCAGUUUGCAAGAAGCACACAAGAGAAUGAAGAUAAAGAAGGCGCCACACGUAUUGGUGAUCCACCUGAAGCGCUUCAAGUACGUUGAGCAGCUUAGCCGGCACAAGAAACUGUCGUACCGAGUGGUAUAUCCCCUGGAGCUGAAGCUGGGCAGCAUGUCUGAAGACGCUGACUGCGAGUACUCCCUCUUUGCGGUUGUAGUCCAUGUUGGGAGCAGCCCCAACCAUGGACACUACGUAAGCCAAAUUAAAAGCCAUGGUAACUGGCUUUCUUUCGACGAUGACACCGUCCAGAUCAGCGAGGAAUCCACCCUGCAAACAUUCUAUGGCUCUUCUCGGGAGCAUUGUGGUGGCAACACAGAUCAUGGCUAUAUCUUGUUCUAUGAGCGCCUUGGUGGGAAGAGCUAGGAACUUCCUUUGGCAUUUCUCCACCUGGUUGCUUCCGUUGGUAGCCUUUGCCGUCAAUGACAGAUGCAGAUUCUCUGGAGGAAGGCACAUGUUUUUUUUUGCCUGUUACCUCCAUGAGGAAAACUGGCUCAUGCAAAGGUUCAGUAUGACCGACGGUUGUUGUAACAGGGACAGAGGUGCUAGCCAGGUAGACAGGUAGUAGUAUGCACCGAAAGGAUGGGAACCUGGUUUUAUCUGUGUAAAUAGAAGUUUUUUUAUACCACAGUUUAGUCAUUUAUUAAAUAGAGACAUCUUACAGUUUUAUUACUAUGUAUAUACAUAAACAAAUAUAACAGCUUAUCUAGGGAGAUGAAAGUUAAAUCUCAC